AUGAAUGAUUGUUACAUGUGUGAGGAGAAAUUUUUGGAUAUCACUGAUCAGAGGGCGAAGGAGCUGGAUAUUGAGUGGUUCGAGUCGUUUCGCCGAUGUACUGUGUUGAGUGCUUUUGGUUCAUAUAUGGAUCGUUUCGAAGUGAAACAGCUACGUUCAUUCAUGCGGUCAAUAUUUGAAACUAUAUUAAAAAAUUAUAAAGACGAUGCAGACUUCGAAAUAAGUGCUGAGGAAAAGAAACGGAGCAAGUUGCUGAUGCAGUGCCUUGUAAAUGCUGGAAAUUGUUCGGAAAAUCUUCGUUCGUGUGCUGAUGAGUAUUCAGAAGACUGUCUCCGAAGAUUACUAAAAUUGGAUUGGUUACAAAUUGAAACGUUUGCUGCCAUGAUUAAUUUUUCAAGACCUGAAAAUGGCGAGAUGUACUACCAGCUCGCAUUUGAAUGUAGUAUCUUAUGGAACCAAGUUUGCAGUGACAUAAAAAGAUUAGAGAACAACGAAAUGGCGUCAGAGAAUGGUAGUGAAUCUCAAAAUUGUGAUGCCCUGGCAAAAGCUUAUGAUAAAAGAUCCUGGUUAUUAGCAGUAUUUGCCAAGUAUUUGGAAUUUAAUGAUAACUUUCUCACUGUGUGUGGUGAAAUCAUUGAACCAUCUUCUGCUGAUACAUUUAUUGACAUUGUCGAUACUGUGAUAGAAUUUGGUAAGAACGGUUGUAAUGUCAAGCUUGCUGCUGGAAAUGUAAGAUAUGUAUUAAUAUUCUUGGAGAAGGCACUAAGGAAAUUUGGCACGUUUGAAAAAGAUAGUAAAAUGGAAGAAUGCAAAGGAAUGAACAACUUUAAUAGCAUCUUCCGCAUUCAUGUUUUGCUGGAAAUGAUUUUGGAAUUGGUUUCAGUGAAAGAAUAUCAGUCAAUAUUUAAAACAGAUUUAACAACUGCGAAAUUAAUUCUUCAUAUAAUUGAGGGGAUACUGCACUAUGAUUUUAUCAAAUACCAAAGUGAAACAUGCAGUUCGAAAUCCCAAGAAAAAUUCAGCGAUCGACCUGGAAUUAAGUUGUUACCAAGAAGUGCAGCUAAUAUAGGCUGUGUCUAUAAUUUAGCUAUAGCUUUAAGCACAUUUGGUAAUGUAAAGCUGAUUGAAACCAUGAAAUUGUCGUGCCUGGAAUUAAUUGGCAUUCUAUGUCACGAAAAUGAUAUGAUACGUGAAUACUUUGGAGCAAAUGAUAGCAUCUCAUUGCUGUUAAAUUGUAUGUGCAUACGCGAUGACCAUAAUCCGACUGGGAGACUUUAUGCAAUUUCUGCUCUGCGACAUUUGGUUUUAGGUUAUUCACCAAAUCAGUUACGACUUGCUCAACUUUCAGAGGAACCAUCAGCAAUUAUAGAACGAGAUGGUUUGUUGAGAGAAUUAGGUUUGUGUGCUGUGUAUGACCAGGAAACAAAGAAGAUUCGACUUAAACCAGUACCACGAUAA